GCGGGAGGGAAAAGUUUGCAGGGCCGUGCUGGGAAGAUCACCUCCGCUUCCCAAUGUGAGCAGUUUCCCGAACGCUCUUUAGGAGAAGGUUACCCAGAGAGGUGGUGGACGGGAACAUGAGGCAGCGUCUCCUCUUCCUGACCACUUUGGUGCCUUUCGUCCUGGCACCCCGACCUCCGGAGGAACCAGGCUCUGGCUCCCACCCGCGACUUGAGAAGCUUGAUUCUUUGCUCUCAGACUACGAUAUCCUCUCUUUAUCUAAUAUCCAGCAGCACUCCAUAAGGAAAAGGGACCUACAGUCUGCGACACACUUAGAAACACUACUAACUUUUUCAGCUUUGCAAAGGCAUUUUAAAUUAUACUUGACAUCAAGUACAGAACGCUUUUCACAAAACUUGAGAGUCGUGGUGGUGGAUGGGAAAGAGGAAAGCGAGUACAGCGUGAAAUGGCAGGACUUCUUCAGCGGACAUGUGGUUGGUGAGCCUGGCUCUAGGGUUCUAGCCCACAUAGGAGAUGAUGAUGUUACAGUAAGAAUCAACACAGACGGGGCAGAAUAUAACAUAGAGCCACUUUGGAGGUUUGUUAACGAUACUACAGAUAAAAGAAUGCUGGUGUAUAAGUCUGAAGAUAUCAAGGAUUUUUCACGUUUGCAGUCUCCAAAAGUAUGUGGUUACUUAAAUGCAGAGAGUGAAGAGUUGCUUCCGAAAGGGCUCAUAGACAGAGAGCCAUCUGAAGAGUUUGUUCAUCGAGUGAAGAGACGAGCUGAACCUAACCCCUUGAAGAAUACGUGUAAAUUGCUGGUGGUAGCAGAUCACCGAUUUUAUAAAUACAUGGGCCGUGGAGAAGAGAGCACCACUACAAAUUACUUAAUAGAGCUGAUUGACCGAGUUGAUGACAUAUACCGGAAUACUUCGUGGGAUAAUGCAGGAUUUAAAGGUUAUGGAAUACAGAUAGAACAGAUUCGAAUUCUCAAGUCUCCACAAGAGGUAAAACCUGGUGAAAGACACUUCAAUAUGGCGAAAAGUUUUCCAAAUGAAGAGAAGGAUGCUUGGGAUGUGAAGAUGUUGCUAGAGCAAUUUAGCCUUGAUAUAGCUGAAGAAGCAUCUAAAGUCUGCCUGGCUCAUCUUUUCACGUACCAAGAUUUUGAUAUGGGAACUCUUGGAUUAGCUUACGUUGGUUCUCCCAGAGCCAAUAGUCAUGGAGGGGUUUGUCCAAAAGCUUAUUACAACCCAGCUGUGAAGAAAAACAUCUAUUUGAAUAGUGGUCUGACUAGUACAAAAAAUUAUGGUAAAACCAUUCUUACAAAGGAAGCUGACCUGGUUACCACUCAUGAAUUGGGACACAAUUUUGGAGCAGAACAUGAUCCUGAUGGGCUAGCAGAAUGUGCCCCAAAUGAGGACCAAGGAGGAAAGUAUGUUAUGUAUCCCAUAGCUGUGAGUGGUGACCAUGAGAAUAAUAAGAUGUUUUCAAACUGCAGUAAACAGUCCAUCCUCAAGACCAUAGAGAGUAAGGCUCAAGAGUGCUUCCAGGAGCGCAGCAACAAGGUGUGUGGCAACUCCAGGGUGGAUGAAGGAGAAGAGUGUGACCCGGGCAUCAUGUACCUGAACAACGACACCUGCUGCAAUAGUGACUGCACUCUGAAGCCAGGUGUACAGUGCAGUGAUAGGAACAGUCCGUGCUGUAAAAACUGUCAAUUUGAAACGGCCCAGAAGAAGUGCCAGGAGGCUAUUAAUGCUACUUGCAAAGGAGUGUCUUACUGCACAGGGAAUAGCAGUGAGUGCCCCCCACCAGGAGAUGCUGAAGAUGACACUGUUUGCUUGGACCUUGGCAAGUGCAAGGCUGGGAAAUGCAUCCCUUUCUGCAAGAGGGAACAGGAGCUGGAGUCCUGCGCAUGCGUUGACACUGACAACUCGUGCAAGGUGUGCUGCAGGAACCUUUCUGGCCCGUGUGUGCCUUAUGUUGAUGCAGAGCAGAAGAACUUAUUUUUGAGGAAAGGGAAGCCCUGUACAGUAGGGUUUUGUGACAUGAAUGGCAAAUGCGAGAAGCGAGUACAAGAUGUCAUUGAGCGGUUUUGGGAUUUCAUUGACCAGCUGAGCAUCAACACGUUUGGGAAGUUUCUGGCAGAUAACAUCGUUGGGUCUGUCCUGGUUUUCUCCUUGAUAUUUUGGAUUCCUUUCAGCAUUCUUGUCCACUGUGUGGAUAAGAAACUGGACAAGCAGUAUGAAUCCCUGUCUCUGUUCCAUCACAGUAACAUUGAGAUGUUGAGCAGCAUGGAUUCCGCAUCUGUUCGCAUUAUCAAGCCCUUUCCUGCACCCCAGACUCCAGGUCGUCUGCAGGCCCUGCAGCCAGCUGCCAUGAUGCCGCCAGUGUCUGCGGCUCCAAAACUGGACCACCAGAGGAUGGACACCAUCCAGGAAGACCCGAGCACAGACUCCCAUGUGGAUGAUGAUGGCUUUGAGAAGGACCCCUUCCCCAACAGCAGUGCAGCUGCCAAGUCCUUUGAGGAUCUCACAGACCACCCAGUCACCAGGAGUGAAAAGGCCGCCUCCUUCAAGCUGCAGCGUCAGAGCCGAGUUGACAGCAAAGAGACAGAGUGCUAGUGGGGAGCCGUGGCCUGCUCUGGGAGGACAUGUACCUUCAGAUGUACCAUAGAGCUGACCUGAAUCAAACACAGACUGUAAUGAUGAGAACCAGGGAAGCAACUAAGCAGAUGUGGGGCGUGCGAGCUGACCUUCACAGGACAGCCUGUGUACGUAGGCCCUUUAAGAGGUGAGGUAAAUCUGGCUUACUAAGACUUUCAGGUUUUGGGUUUUUCUUUUAUAAUCUAAAAUCUCCUUUGACCUGUGGUGCAAAAGCAGAAAAUAAGGCUGGAUCAAGUACCCGGUGACAGUGCUGGUGAAGUCUUCAGUCUGUUCUUCUGUGUACUGUAAGGGUCUCUGACUACAGUGACACACUUAGCGGUGAGGAUGACUGCAACACAGACGUACUUUGGGGGCGGGGGGUUGGCCUUCAAGUAAAAGAGAAACCUGCUUGUACGUUAUCUCCAAAUGCGGCCGGCCUGUCCCAGCACUCAACUCUUGUAGGUGGAGAGUCCUGUCCACACUUAAGACCAUCUGCAUUAAGAACAGCCCUUUCCAAAAUGAAGAUGAAUAGCUUCUGGAAUAGUCUAUAGAAACAGCCACAUGAACUUCACGAUGGCCUAUUAACUGUUCAGCCUCAGGUUCACUGGGCAGUCUCUCUGUUUUACAAAAGUGUCUUCACGUAUCUCUAACCGUGUUUGCCUUAAAAAAAAAAAAAUUGGCCCCACAGUUAAGAGCACUUGGUCUCAUUCCCAGCACCCACCCACCUGGUGGCUCUUAACUCUCUGUAACUCCAAUCCCAGGGGAGAUGAUCUUCUGAACUCUAGGACACAAGGUAUGCAUUUGGUGCAGUCAAACAUGCAGGCAAAACACUCACACGCAUAAGAUUUUAAAAAAAAAAAACCCAGGUGUCGUAA